GUGAAGGUACCAGAUAGAGACAGAGUCUGUAAAAUGGAAGCUAAAGCUUUGAUUCCUGAGGAUGAUCUCUGUUGCGCUGUAUGUUGUGAUAUUUUUAAAGAGCCUGUUGUCCUGAAAUGCAGCCACAGCUUCUGUAGAGUGUGUCUGCAGCAGUGCUUGAGAGAGAAGAGAGAGUGUCCUAUCUGCAAGAGAAAGGCCUCUAUGAAUGAUCCUCUUCUAAACCUGGCGUUAAGAAGCAUUGUGGAGUCUUACUUAAAGCAGAAGACUGAUGGAGAAACUGCCGACAAGACUGAAGCUAACUGUAGUCUCCAUGGGGAGAAACUUCUAUUAUUCUGUGAAAAGGACGAAGAGCCUCUCUGUGUCAUCUGUCACACUUCAAAAAAGCACAGAAACCACUCGGUCUGUCCAGUGGAAGAGGCCGCACUGGAUCUGAAGGAGGAACUCAAGCCUGCACUUAAUCUUAUUAAAGAAAAACUGAAGACGUUUACUGAGGUUGAACAAGAAUGUAGGAAAACAGCAGAACAUAUCAGGGGUCAAGCCCAGCACACAGAGAGGCAGAUAAAGGCAGAGUUUGAGAAGCUCCACCAGUUCUUGCGAGAGGAAGAGGAGGCCAGACUAACUGCACUGAAAGAGGAAGAGGGGCAAAAGAGUCAGAUAAUGGAGGAGAAGUUAGAACACAUCACAAAAGACAUCUCUACCCUUAAAGGCAAAAUCACAGCUUCAGAGAAGGCCAUGGAGACUGAAGACAUCUCUUUCUUAAAGAGCUACAAGAACAUCAAAGAAAGAGCCCAGUGCACACUGCAGGCUCAGAGGCUGCUUUCAGGGUCGCUGAUAGAUGUGGUCAAACACCUGGGCAACCUAAAGUUCACAGUCUGGCAGAAGAUGCUGGGGAUGGUGCAGUACACUCCUGUGAUGCUGGACCCCAAUACUGCAUUUGGCCAUCUCUCUCUCUCUGAUGAUCUGGCCACUGUGAGAGACACAGGUACACAGCAGAAAUGUCCUAACAACCCAGAGAGGUUUGACACCUGUCUGGGUGUGCUGGGAUCUGAAGGGUUUACCUCAGGAAAACACAGUUGGGAGGUGAAGGUUGGGAAUAAACCUAAAUGGACUGUCGGAGUGGUGAAAGAGUCCAUCGUCAGGAAGGGCGAUCUAACAUACAACUCACAGAGAGGAUUCUGGGUCAUUUUGCUGAGGAAUGGUGAUACGUACAGAGCAGCAGGAUUUGCUAACAUCAACCUGGAGAAGAAACCCCAGAGCAUCAGGGUGCAGCUGGACUACGACAGGGGGCAGGUGUCCUUCUUCGACUCCAGUGACAUGUCACUCAUUUACACUUUUAAAGACACAUUUACUGAGAGAGUGUUCCCAUACUUCUCUCCCGGUAUGAAACAUGGCAAGAAUGAUGCGCCCCUGCAAAUCUGCCCAUUGAAUGUUGCUGUCACAAUGACAUUUAAAAAAUGUUUCUGAUCUGCCUGAGCAUGCCUGGUUGUUGACGUGAACUGCGCGAGACUUGUAGGCAUUGUAAGUGUAGGCAUAGUCAUUGGUUUAAUAAUUAAGUUCUACCUUUUUGCUGUGAGCAUGGUGAGCUGAUUCCAUCAGUCUCAUGGGCUCUUUUCAGAUUCAACUUUGCAGCUGCAGUGAAGAAUAAAUUCACCCUGUCAGUGCCAUGCUGUAGGAUUUACAUCUGAGCCUUCAGCCUUACCUAACACUUCCCAUUGGUCUCAAAUAUUUUCAUUUUUUCUUUCUUGACUAAUAAUUAUUACAUGAACACUAGCAAGUAAUCACAAAGCUUCUUCUGAUUGUGUCUAUGGUUGACAUUUAUAUAGCGCCUUUAUCCAAAGCGCUGUACAAUUGAUGCUUCUCAUUCACACACUCACACCAACGGCGAUUGGCUGCCAUGCAAGGCACCAACGUUAGGAGCAAUUUAGGUGUUAGGUGUCUUGCACACUUCGACACACCCAUGGCGGGAUCGAACCACCAACCCUCCAACUGCCAGACAACUGCUCUUACCUCCUGAGCCAAUGUUGCCCCUUUCAUAGCAUCUCCAUCUGUACCACACAAAAAGAAAAAACAGAAUUAUUUGAAAGAAUAAUGUAUUCAUAUAUUUUUACUUACAUUCCUUUGUUUGUUGUAUCGGGCGCUUAUAGCAAAUAGUUGAGCUUCUUCAGUUCACAAAACAUCAGUGCUUUUUUUUCAGUGCAUGAGCAAGAAACUGCCUGAUCUUCAUUGUCAAUAUUUCCUAAUUCCUAAGUUUUGAAUAUUAUGGAAUAUUAGCUUCAUAUUACAGCUCAGAAAUGGUGGCUAUGUAUAAAAAGUGCUGCAGUUUCUACAUGAUGAAAACAAAGUGGAUAAAUACUCUUAAAUAAAUGCUGUGAAUGCACUAUAACCAA